AAACGCUUGCACUUUGUAUGUCUGGAAUUUACGUCCUGUGUCGGCUGCCGUAGCUACCAGAGGAAGAAUGGCCGGCUGGAUGUGGAUCCGCUGCUUUUUGGGGCCUCAUCUCCAGAGAGUGCACCGUUCACAGGGGGAGUCCCGAACCGAAGGAAGAGCAGGGAGGAGGGGAUGGACUUAUCAACCCAAGAGCCUGGAGAAACACACUGACAGCAUCCUCGGAUGGGCGUCAGCUUUGUGGUCUCUGUCAUACUACAGCUCCCCUCUCCUCCUCUGCUACCUUUACAGAAAAGGGUACAUCUGCAGCAGUAAGCUGGUCCCAGUCAGUCAGUAUGUGGGAACAGUAAUGGUUUGUCUGCUGGGAGUCGCCUGUCUGAGAGGUUGGGGACGGUGGAGGAACUCGGAGUAUCAACAGUUCAUCUCCAUUCUGGAGGAAACCAGGAAGAACCACACGCCUAGCAACAAGAAAAAACUGGCCUGCUAUGAUUUUGACUUCUCUCACUGGCCGGCAGACUUCAGCUGGGAAGAAGUUAGCAAUCCGAAGCUGCUGUCCAAGACAGGAGUGUCUCUACUGAAGCCAGAGCCCAAACUGAGAGGGGCAGCAGACAGCGUGCUCAACUCUUUACGCACUCUACCAUGCCACAUCGUCAGUUUUCUGAUUGCCCACUCAUUUGGAAGGAGGAUGCUGUACCCUGGGUCUGUAUUCCUCCUGCAAAGGGCUAUGAGACCCAUGCUACAACAGGGCCAGGCUAGACUUAUAGAAGAGUGUGAGGGCCAGAGGAACAAGCUGGUGGCGUGUGAUGGGAAUGAGAUUGAUACCAUGUUUGUGGACCGCAGGAGAGACGAAGGACAGCACGGACAGACUCUGGUGAUCUGCUGUGAGGGGAACGCAGGCUUCUAUGAGGUGGGCUGUAUGAACACUCCAUUGGAAGGUGGAUACUCAGUGCUUGGCUGGAACCACCCUGGCUUUGCAGGAAGCACGGGCGUACCGUUCCCCCAGAACGAGGCCAAUGCCAUGGAUGUAGUGAUCCAGUUUGCAGUGCACAAGCUGGGCUUCCAGCUCAGUGAAAUAGUGGUGUAUGCCUGGUCCAUAGGGGGAUUCACAGCCAGUUGGGCGGUGAUGUCCUAUCCAGAGAUCCAAGCGCUGGUGUUGGAUGCAUCCUUUGAUGACCUGCUGCCUCUGGCCCUCAAGGUCAUGCCCGACAGCUGGAGGCCGCUGGUGACACACACAGUCAGGCAGUACAUGAACCUCAACAGCGCAGAUCAGCUCUGCAAGUACCAGGGACCAGUGCUUCUGAUCAGAAGAACCAAAGAUGAGAUCAUUACCACCACGGGUCCAGAAGACAUCAUGUCCAACAGAGGAAACAACCUCCUGCUCAAACUUCUGCAGUUCAGGUACCCCCAGGUGAUGACAGACGAUGGAGUCCGGGCCAUCAGAGCAUGGCUGGCAGCCUCCAACCACGUAGAAGAGGCAGCGGUGUACAGUAGCUAUGAGGUGGAUGAUGACUGGUGUGUGUCUGUUCUGCAGUCGUAUAAGACGGAGAGAGACGUUUUCUUCCCCUGGAGCGUUGGUGAGGACAUGACACUGGAGGGAAGACGGCAACUGGCUCUUUUCCUGGCACGGAAGUACAUGCGGAACUUCGACUCAACUCACUGCACUCCUCUCCCCUACUCUGAAUUCACUGCCCCUUGGAGACUGUAGAAAGAGGGUUGAAGGAUGGAUAGAAACGAGAAGCAAAGAGCCUGGCGGGGACCAACCAAUGAGGUUUACAGUGCAUGGAUUGAAUGUAUGGGAGGUGUACAAGGCAGCUAGACCCAGUCGGUAUUGGAAUGUUGCGACCCUGCCCACCUGGCUCAUAGCAAAACCUUGGCAUAUGUCUACUUGUUUUAAUCAAUUACAAAAUCUACAUGUCUAAAGAUUACUGCUCCCUAGCGUUCUUGCUACUUAGAAAAACGUAAUAUUGCCUCAUGCCCCUUUAUGAUGCUAGCGUCCGACCGGAACAUCAAGCUAGUCAAGACCAACGCUAUACAGCUACAAGUAGUGAGUGGAGUUCCAAACGAACUGUGAUAGUGCUUUCCCCACGCCAAAUAGCCUGAAGCCACAGGGCUCUUCCUCGACAUGGGAGCAUUGCCAACAGUAGGUUGUGAUUUUUGACCUGGCUACAUGUACAAUUGAACACAGCAGCUUUUUAGCAUGUUUUAUUUCUGUACAAAACAAAAAUAAACAAAGUUGGCUCUUUUACAAUG